AUUGCAUGUGUCUUCCCAGAGCUGCCGGGCAAAGAGGAUAAGGACGAUGAAGAAGGUGUGGUUCCUUCAGCUGACUGGGACGGUGACACCAAGUUGGAAGACAAUUCCACACCAUCCAAUAAGCUGCUAACAACAUCUACACCACAGAGCACAGAAACUCCACAUUUUCCUCUGUACACUGAAGACUGGAUGUCCAACCCGGUGGACAGCAACGCCACCUUCCUUCCAGACUGCAAUAAAGAGCGCUCCGGGAUCUGCAACCUCUCCGACACCUGGGACGCAACAACCUCCUCGGAGGUCAAGCACACACAAAAUAUCACUGCCAUGAACCAAUCAGUCAACCCCCUCCUGAUCCCUGCUCCGCUCAUGUUGGUGCCGCUGUACACCGACUGGAACAGCGCCAUGGCAGCUUGGGGCCUGGCCUGGGAGGCGCAUGUAUACGGGGCUGGUUGUGUCUUUGCGAUGCUCACGCUAGCAUCAGCACUAAAUCUGCUCUGCUUGCCACUACGAUGUCCAUCCGGAUGUGGAUACUUUGCCCUGGUCAGCCUGUUCCUAUUAGCCGCUGGUUGCACCAGAUCUUUCUCCCUCCUGUACGAUGCCUACGGCCACCAGGACCGUUUGCCCUCCACAGAGGCCUCACUGAUACUCUACGAAGCACCGUUUCCCUGCUUGACUGCAGCUUUUGGUCUGGUUUUCCUUCUCCUCUCAAUGCGCUCAAGAAUGCAGCUCUCCUACUCAGCUUUCCAGAGACCCUGUUUCCUUGCCUGCCUGGUAGUCCUCCACUUUGGUGCCGCAUUCGGACCGGUGACAUUACUGAAGUUCUACCAGCAAAAGCCUCCCCUUUGCCUCUUUCUUUCACUCAUCUCACGUGGAGCCUUUGUAGCACUAGCCACAUUUCUGUCCGCUGCCUAUUUUGUGUUCUACAUCUACGUGCGGGCAGAUUCGAAGCACAUCUACCACCUGAAUAACACGUCUCCAACACCUGCUGAGCGCUACAACCGAUGCCCCUUUGCUGAGAGCCGGGACUGGAACCGUGCAGCUGUAACCGUCUGUAUUUCAGCAUUGUUUUGUUUAGCAUGUGCAGGACUGCAGUUAUAUGCAAUGCUCAAUGCUAUGGGUGUUGCAGGUGGAGAGGAGGUCUUCCAUCCUUGGCCCUGGUGGGCUUUUCAGUUUAGCUGCAGACUGUGUGAGCUUGGGGUUUGUCUCACUUUAGCCUUGGUGGUCGCACAACCAGUCUACUGUUCUGACCAUCUACCAGCUGCAGGGAGCUGCUGGACUGAACUGUUGGCAUCCAAGUCCCCCAUCCUGCCUGGGAGCUACCAGUGGUCCCUGAGCCAGCAGGAGAAGCUUGCAAUUGUUGAUACCAUUGGGCUUGGAGAGACAGAGAACCUUCCUCUUUACACUCUGGUGGAUGACAGGCUUGGCAGCAGUCUGAACGGAUUGGACCUCCUCUACCACAGCAACCGGGCCUUGGCAUACCGAGACCUGGACUUGGAUUUGGACUUACAUGGUUCAGGAAAACCUGAGGAUGGAGGAGCCAGAGAGCCCUCAGGUGGAUCCUCGUUUACCAGUGACUCCACCACAGAUCUGCGGCCACCUUCACCCAUCAACCUGCGUCGCAGCAUAGACGAAGCACUCUUCAGUGAGGCACUCUUUCCCAUGAGCCUCUUUAGCCCUGCUAGACCUUGCUGCAGAGAUCUAUCGAUUAACAACCACUGUGCAUUUCCAAGCAAUGGCCUCUGUGAUCCUCUCUCAAUGGACCCUGGCCUAUAUCGGACCUCUUCCUGCGUGGAGAUGGCGUCUCAACCCCAGCUCUCUUGUGCCCAAACUCAAGGAGACACUAUUGUAGGUGCUCCACCAUCUCCCUCCCUGUCCUCUUCCUCCAGCUGUUCAUCUCGUGAAGGUUGGAGGGGCAGCUCUUCCUCCUGUUCCCUCUACCGAGAAUCUUUCGGAGGCUCGUCACUGGUCCUCUGUCCGAGCCCGGAGAGACAUGCGCAGCAGCUUCUCCAGCAAGGGGGUAUUGGCCAUGUGGCGUCCUCUGGCCACCAGGGCCAUGCUGACCCACAGAGGCAGUAUAAUACGCUGGGCGCAGCCUCACAGGAGAGCCUGGACCUGGACAUGUCGUCUGAGGCAGACCGAUCCGUGCAGGAGGAGUUCAUUACGGUUUGCAGACAAAUCGAUGCUUUGAGCAUCUGCAGCGAGACUAUUGAUUUAUAAAGGACAGUCUGGUCAAAUAAGGGUUACACAAAGGACUUAUUAAGAAGGAUGUCAGGCUGACUGUCAAGCAUUUUUACAGCCUAUUUGAUAGUGCAUGGUAGCUUUUGCAUACACCAUGAAAGACCUAUAGCUUGCAAAAUAGUUUUUGGAGCUUUGUAAUAUGGUCAUUAGUGAAUGUCAAUGAGGGUCUAAGUGCCAAGAAUGUCAAAAGCCAAAUGGUAAUUUGUAUCUUUUACAUGUUUGAUAAAGGCUAGUGAAGUUUGACACAGU